GCGCCGAAUUCUUCUGGACUCAGCGCCAUUUCCUAUAGGCGCUCGCUCAUGGAGACUCCUGCGUCCACCGGCCCUGCUGGGAGCUUCCUCUCCUCCUCUCUGCUCCUGGCCUUCGGCGGCACGCUCGUGGCCGCCCUGCUGGGCGCUGCUUACCACCUGGGGCUCAUCUAUCAGUUGGUGCAUAAGGUGGACAAGGACAGUGUCCAGCAUGGUGGGGAGCUGGUGGCGGCUGUGCUGAGGGCCCAUGGCGUGCGGUUUCUCUUCACGCUGGUUGGUGGACACAUCUCUCCGAUCCUGGUGGCCUGCGAGAAGCUGGGGAUCCGUGUGGUGGACACCCGCCAUGAGGUCACCGCUGUCUUUGCCGCUGAUGCCGUGGCCCGCCUGAGUGGGACGGUGGGUGUGGCCGUGGUGACAGCAGGCCCUGGGCUCACCAACACCGUGACAGCCGUGAAGAAUGCUCAGAUCGCGCAGUCCCCUGUCCUGCUCCUGGGCGGGGCCGCCAGCACCCUGAUGCAGAACCGGGGGGCGCUCCAGGCCAUCGACCAUAUGUCCCUGUUUCGGCCUCUCUGCAAGUUCUGUGCCUCGGUGUGGAGGGUGCGCGACAUCGUGCCCACCCUGAGGGCCGCCCUGGCUGCUGCCCAGUCAGGCACUCCAGGCCCUGUCUUCGUGGAGUUGCCCAUCGAUGUGCUAUACCCCUAUUUCCUGGUCCGGAGGGAGAUGGUGCCCAGCAAGCCACCCAAGGACCUCAUGGGUCACCUGGUAUUCUGGUACUUAGGGAAUCACCUUGCCAACCUUUUUGCUGGAGCCUGGGAGCCACGGCCCGUGGGGCCUCUGCCCCUGGACAUCCCCCAGGCGUCCCCCCAGCAGGUGCAGCGCUGUGUGGAGAUCCUCAGCCGGGCCAGGAAGCCCCUGCUGGUGCUGGGGAGCCAGGCCUUGCUGCCCCCAACCCCCGCCGACAAGCUACGGACAGCAGUGGAAACCCUGGGUGUCCCUUGCUUCCUGGGCGGCAUGGCACGGGGCCUGCUGGGCCGCAACCACCCGCUGCACAUCCGGCAGAACCGCAGUGCCGCCCUCAAGAAGGCUGACGUGGUCCUGUUGGCAGGAGCCGUGUGUGACUUCCGCUUGUCCUAUGGCCGUGUGCUCAGCCGCAACAGUCAGAUCAUCAUCGUCAACCGGAACCGGAAGGAGAUGAUGAUGAACUCAGACAUGUUCUGGAAACCCCAGGAGGCUGUGCAGGGAGACGUGGGCACCUUCAUGCUGAAGCUGGUGCAGGGCCUUCAGGGCCAGACCUGGGCCUCAGACUGGGCUGAAGAGCUGCGGCAAGCUGACCGGCAGAAGGAACAGACCUUCCGGGAGAAGGCGCUGCAGCCCGUAGCCCAGCACCUGAACCCUAUCCGGGUGCUGCAGCUGGUAGACGAGGCCUUGCCUGAGAACUCGGUUCUGGUAGUGGACGGCGGGGACUUUGUGGGCACUGCUGCGCACCUGGUCCAGCCCCGAGGACCCCUGUGCUGGCUUGACCCUGGGGCCUUCGGGACUCUGGGAGUCGGUGCUGGGUUUGCACUUGGGGCCAAGCUCUGCCGGCCUGAGGCCGAGGUGUGGUGCUUGUUUGGGGAUGGAGCCUUUGGCUACAGCCUUAUUGAAUUCGACACCUUUGUCAGACACAAGGUCCCAGUGAUAGCCCUGGUUGGCAACGAUGCUGGCUGGACACAGAUUUCCCGAGAACAGGUGCCCAGCCUGGGCAGCAACGUGGCCUGCGGCCUGGCGUUCAGUGAUUACCACAAGGCGGCCAUGGGGCUGGGGGCCCAGGGCCUGCUCCUCUCACGGGACGAGGAUCAAGUGUCACAGGUGCUGCAGGAAGCCCAGAAGCAGUGCCAAGGGGGCCACCCCGUGGUGGUCAACAUCCUCAUUGGAAGGACCGACAUCCGUGACGGCUCCAUCUCUGUGUAGGGGCUAGUGCCCAGCUGCUGUGGGGACCUGGGACCUGGAGAGCUCCGGGCCUGCCUUCUCGUUCACACCAAAUAAAUCACCUGCC